AGGUUAGACAGCGGUGCAGCGGCUGAGCGGGAGAUUCAGACGAUGGUUUUACGCUGCGGUAGUUUUUUGACGUCUGUCUUUAGAAUUCUGCAAAACUAGUCGGUCCAGAAGAUACCGGAUUGAGAGACAUGUCGUUUGUUCGCGUGUCACGGCAGCGACAACGCUUUAAUAGUGGAUCCACCAAAGGACGGAGGAAGCCCAAACCCAAGCCUGAGCCACCACCCUGGGAUGAUUCAACCUCAGACCUCAGUGUGCACAAAGCUACAGAAGAGGAGAUUAAACAUCGUCAUGAGGUUCACCAGUCUAAAAACCUGGAUGUGAUAAGACUAGAGAACCAGAAGAUGAUGAUACAGAGAGCGCGGGCUCGACCAAAGACCCCAACAACAGUGGAGAAGCGGAAAGCUGCCCUACUGAGGGAAGUGUUGUAUGAUCACAGUCAGUUGCAGGACGUCCUGUCCAAGUCUGACCGUGUCAUGGCCGUGGUCAGAGACUUGUUUGGAGAUGACCCAAAGAGAUACACAGGGUUCCCCAAUGUGACCAAGGCCCCUGACAACCCCAGUGGGAGCGGCCCGGUGAUAGAGCCCCCUGAGCAGCCCACACAGCUCUCCAUGUUGAGCCAGUCCAUUAUGGACCAGAGUGCUCUAAAUGAAGUGGAUACAGAAAGAGAGCAAGGAGAGACUGGAGAUGAACAGAGUCUCUCACAGCAGUUUGAGUCCAGGCUGGACCUGCAGCGUUUCCGAAGGUUCUUGGAACUAGAGAGACAGCAGGACAGUGCCCUAAGACAGCAGGACAGCACCCUCAGACAGCAGGACAGCACAAUCAGCACUAUCCCAGGGGAACAGCAGGGACAGCAAGGUGCAGUCACCAGUACCAUGUUACAAGGCGGUCCCCCUCAUCAAGUGGACAGUUCCAACCCUGGUAGAACAGUCAACAGGAGUUACACACAGUCUACAGCAGUGACCACACAGACCCCAGUACGAGAUGGGGACUCCAGCACUCUCACAAACCAGGCGAUCAACGACACAGCCAGGGUCAACCGCACCAUGAGCAGGACUGGUGCAGCUGACCAGACAGACCUCAGCUCUCUCUCACUCACCAAACUGGACCAACUCAAACAGGUGAUGGAUAACCUGGAGUCAGAGAUAGCAGACUACGAGCAGCAGGCAGGCAUGCCUACCCCUCCCCCACCCCAGCAGCACAAGUCCCCCACCCUGAGGGGAUAUACCACCUCCCUACUGGAGGCCAUCACCAGACUCACCAGGCAUAUCAAGGAGAGUGAAUCUCAGCUGCGGUCUGAAGCCACACUUCGACAUCACUUAAUGGAGGAGAUAGCAGAACAGAGAGCUCUCGUUGAUGUGCUAACAGCCGAUAUUAUAAGCACCCAAGAGCAGUACACUGUGCUGAGAGCAGAAUUUGACCAGUACAGGACCAAGUCUGAGGAACAGAUCAACUAUCUCAAGCACACACUGUAUGCUGUGAUGAAAGGUUCAGGAUCUAGAUCGGUGGAUGGCAGCACAGGGAUGUCAACACAGAGUUUAGUACCAAGUGAUUUAUCAGAUCCCAGCACGGCCCCUAAGACUGUCCCUACUCACCUCCAGCCCCUGCAGCCAGCAGUGCUUCUGUCUCCUCCCAGACAGAGAAACCACAGAGCACCUCAACAACAACCAGCACCAGUGCAGUCAGUCCCCACCAGUCUUGCAGACCUGCACCAGCGAGUGUCUGAGGUGUACAGGACCAUGGGGAAGGCCCCCAGUACCACAACCCCCACCACCACUGCUGCCAUAGUCAUCUCCCAGCCUACAGAAGUCAGCGUGGUGGAGCGCAGCAGGGAUAGCCUGGGGACAUCACCACUGCCACAGGCUCAGCUGUACCCUGUGGGUACCAGUGGGCUGGUGAAUGGUGUUGUACCACCACAGCAAGGCUUCAGGAGUGACAGCAAUGCACAACAACAGUUCACUGACAGACAGGUUCCCAGCAAAACAGGGAGACCUGUGCCAGUGUUGCCCCCCUCCCCAGACCUGCCCGGUGUGUCUGUUGUGAGUCAGGGCAGACGGGGGAGUCUGGAGGAACAGUUGUCAGUCCUGUCCCAGCAGCACACCCAGGCACAGAGACGCCUACAGCAGAUGGAACAGUGGAGGAAGGCUACAGGAGCCAGCCCUCAGGAUGGAGGGGUAGACCAGCCAGCCCCCAGCUCAGAGUCCCUUCAUGAGGAGCAGGUCCUGCAGCAGCAGAUAGAUCUCCUGCUGCACAAACAUGAGGAGGCGCAGGCACGGCUGCAGGGGCUGGUGCAGCAGCAGCAACAGAUCAGCCUCGACAGGCAGCUCAACAGUGCAGGCAGCACCGGCACAGCCUCUACCUCUACUGAGUUCACACAGCUGCCAACAUCUCUCCCCUCCGUCACCCCUCCCUCGUCCCUACCCCAGGGGACACACCUCCCCGUGUCCCCUCCCAUCUCCCCUAUCCCCUUCACCCUAGGCAGCACGGCCCCGCCCCAGCCGGUGGUGACAUGGGGAGGGGCGGGGAGGGAGAUCCGAGUGUCUGUGCCUCGUGUGGAGGACCUGGAGCUGACAGCCACCAGCACUCCUUCUCCUCAUGUGGGCAACAACAGUGUUGCACGAAGCUCCCUUGGCAGUUCAAGGCAGUCUCCCAUUCCUGUUAACCAUGUCGGGAUCAGACCAGUCAGUAAGGGAUCUACUGAGAAUGGAUGGUUUGCCCUCUCAUCACACGUCUCAUAGACUGGCCAUUUCCUCAUAAAGGUUAUUAACGGAAAGCAAACUGUGGGCUGAUUUUACAUAAUAUAGAUACAUCAAAUUGUACAAAAAUCAAUUGAAAAUAUUGAAUGGACUGUUUGUAUUUUUGGAAGUACUGGCGUUUAAAAGUAGACAAGGAACACUCAGUGUUGUACAAGACUUUUUAUUGGUGUAUAGUAAUUGGAAUUAAAAGUUUUAUACAAUUUCUGUCUUCCCAUGAAUUCAGUUUUCUUUUUGUAGCCACAAUAUGGUAACCCUUAUAGUCUUGUAUAUAUGGCUGAGGCAAAUGUUUUUUUUUUUAAUUUAUCGAUAAGUAAGUUUAUGGACAGUUAAUGCAUUUCAUUAUCCGGAUUGUGCCUCUGUCAUAUUAGCUGUAUUUAUGCAACAACAACAUAAUAACCUUAUUUACAAUACCAAUCUAUAGACAAUGUUACUUUGGAAGCAGGACAACUUUACCUGUAUGUUGCAGGUAAUAUUUGGGUAAAAUUUGGCUUGUACAUGUAUAAACAUUGUGAAUCACCUAUUUGCACCAUACGAUAUGGACUGCAAUAAGUUUUAACACCUUCUUACAUUUUUCAACCCUCAGACCGAUUCUGGAAUGUAAUUACAUGUAUAUCUUUAAACAUCAAUCAACUUUAGACAAAGGACGAACAACCCAAGUGAGCAUAUACAUGUAUCUUCAAUGAUAAAUACGAGCUUGAAUAAAUAAACAGCAUAAUUAUGCCAACACAGCUAUGACAUGUGGCAACAUGUAUACAUAUGAAUUCAACCUAGUACAGUACAUGUAGACUAUGUUUGUAAAGAAGAAGAUGCCAAGCUGAAACAACCAUUGUUCCUCUCACAUGUACAAUUGCAAGCCCUUUGAAAU